AUGGAUGUCACUGCCCUCCGAGACCGCAUUCAGUCUACUCUAGACGCGAAUGCGGAUAUUCGCCGGCAAGCAGAGGUUGAUUUGAAAUACGCCGAGACUCAGCCUGGUUUUGUCAAUGCACUUUUGGAUAUUCUACAGGGCGAGCAGAACAAUGCUGUCCAGCUCUCUGCUGGUGUAUACCUGAAGAACCGCAUUACUCGUGGAUGGGCCCCCGUUGAAGAUAACCCGCAACGCUCGCCAAUUCCCGAAGAUGAGAAGCCCUCUUUCAGGGAGAGACUCAUUCCUGCACUGGCCUCGACCCCGCCAAAUGUCCGCAACCAGCUGGUUCCCCUCCUUCAGAAGAUUCUGCAAAAUGAUUUCCCAGAGCAGUGGCCUGGAUUCUUGGAUCUGACUCUGCAGCUUCUCGGUACCAAUGAUGCGAGCACGGUUUAUGCGGGUCUGCAGUGCCUUUUGGCUAUCUGUCGGGUUUAUAGGUUCAAGGCCGGUGAAAAGAGAGAGGAGUUUGAUAAGAUUGUGGAGCACUCGUUUCCCCAGCUGCUCAGUAUCGGAUCGAAGCUCGUCGAUGAGGAAAGUCUGGAGGCUGCGGAGAUGCUCCGCAUUGUGGUGAAGGCUUUCAAGCAUGCAAUCUACUUCGAGCUUUCUCCAGCUCUCCAGACCCACCAGGCCACCGUGGAUUGGUGCACACUAUUCUUGCGUAUUGUCGCGAAGACGCCCCCCGCGAACGCGAUGGGAGAUUCGAAGGAGGAGAGAGAAAUGAACCACUGGUGGAAGUGCAAGAAGUGGUCAUAUGCCAACCUGAACCGACUAUUUAUCAGAUACGGCAACCCCACCACGAUCACGAAAUCCUCUACCCCCGACUACACACCCUAUGCAAAGACCUUCAUUUCCACAUUUGCUCCUGAAAUUCUCAAGGGAUACCUGACUGAGAUCGACAAGUGGGUUUCUAAGACACAAUGGCUCAGCAACUCCGCGCUUUCAUAUACCCUGGUCUUCAUGGAGGAGUGCGUCAAGCCUAAGGCCAUGUGGGAUCACCUGAAGGCGCACAUGGAUAACUUGAUCGCUCACUUCGUCUUCCCUAUAUUAUGUCAAUCUGAUGAGGACAUCGAACUCUUCGAAGAAGAUCCUUCUGAAUAUCUCCACCGCAAGCUGAACUUCUACGAGGAAGUGUCGGCUCCUGAUGUUGCGGCAACAAACUUCUUGGUCUCCCUCACCAAGAACCGCAAGAAGCAGACCUUCUCAAUUCUCACCUUCGUGAACAGCGUCGUGAGCAAGUACGAGGCCGCGCCAGAAGACCAGAAGCAACCCCGGGAGAAGGAGGGUGCUUUGAGAAUGAUUGGCUCGCUCGCUUCAGUGAUCCUGGGUAAGAAGAGCCCUAUCGCCGACCAGGUCGAGUACUUCUUCGUCCGCCACGUCUUCCCCGAGUUCCGCAGUCCUCACGGCUUCCUCCGUGCUCGUGCCUGUGAUACCCUAGAGAAAUUCGAGCAGCUCGACUUCAAGGACCCCAACAACCUCAUGGUAAUUUACCGCAACAUCCUGGAAUCCAUGACCGACUCCGAGCUUCCCGUGCGCGUUGAGGCCGCUCUUGCUCUGCAGCCUCUCAUUCGCCACGAUGUCAUCCGCACAUCGAUGCAGCAAAACAUCCCCCAAAUUAUGCAGCAGCUCCUUAAGUUGGCCAACGAGGUCGACGUGGAUGCUCUGGCCAACGUCAUGGAGGACUUCGUUGAGGUUUUCUCUGCCGAGCUUACUCCCUUCGCUGUGGCCCUGAGCGAGCAGCUUCGUGAUACUUAUAUGCGUAUUGUCGGUGAGCUUUUGGAGCGCAACGCCGCCAAGGGUGGUGAGGAGGACGCCUACGGCGAUUUCUUGGAUGACAAGAGCAUCACUGCCUUGGGUGUGUUGCAGACUAUUGGCACUCUCAUCCUCACUCUCGAGAGCACCCCUGACGUUCUCCUGCACCUUGAGACCAUUCUGAUGCCCGUCAUCAGCAUCACCCUGGAGAACAAGCUCUACGAUCUCUACAACGAGGUUUUCGAGAUUAUCGACAGCUGCACCUUCGCCUCCAAGACCAUCUCCCCAUCUAUGUGGCAAGCCUUUGAGCUCAUCCACAAGACCUUCAAGGCUGGCGCCGAGCUGUACCUCGAGGACAUGCUCCCCGCCCUUGACAACUAUAUCGCUUAUGGCUCCGACAUGUUGGUCCAGAACCCAGCUUACCUUAACGCUAUGGUCGGUAUGGUGCAGGACAUCUUCGCUGACGAGAAGGUUGGUGGCGUUGACCGCAUCUGCGGCUGCAAACUUGCCGAAACCCUGAUGCUCAACCUCCGGGGUUCCGUCGACCAAUAUAUCCCCAUGUUUAUUGAGAUGGCCAUGCGGGUCAUCGACGCCGGUGAGGCACGAACGAAGUCUUACCGCAUUCACCUGAUGGAGAUGGUCAUCAACGCCAUCUACUACAAUGCCGCCCUCAGUCUCCAGGUCAUGGAGGCCAAGGGUUGGACCAACAAGUUCUUCAGCACUUGGUUCGCUAACAUCGACAACUUCCGACGUGUGCACGAUAAGAAGCUGUCGAUUGCGGCAAUCAGCGCUCUUCUUACUCUGAAGGCUGGGGAUGUUCCCGUCAGCGUCCAGCAGGGUUGGCCGAGACUGUUGCAGGGUGUAACAAGGUUGUUCCAAACCCUGCCUGCUGCUCUCAAGCAACGCGAGGAUGCUACUAAGGAAUCCGACUUCACCCUCGACGACGAGGACGAUGAGGAUGAUGAGGACAACGACUGGGAUGGAGAUGUGGAGUGGGAUGAGAACGAAGUUGAGGCAGCCCUUGACGACGAUGUCGCUGACGAGAGUGCCGCCUACCUCGACUUCCUCAACCAAGAGGCGCAAAAGUUCGGCUCAUUCGCCGAUGAUGAUGAUGACGAUAUGGAUGAGGAGAGCCUCCUGGAGACCCCCCUUGACAAAAUAGAGCCCUACGGCAUGUUCAAGCAUGUCCUGCUGAGCCUUCAACAAGAGCAGCCCCAGCUCUACGAGAGCUUGACCAAGGUCCUCGGCCCCGAAGAGCAGCAGGUCAUCCAAGGUGUCUUCCACGAGGCUGACGCCAAGGCCAUGGCUGCCGCCGCCAACGCAGAAGCCGCCGCCGCAGCGGGCAUGCAGGCUAACGGCAACUAA